UGAAAGCGAAGAUUUGACAUAAAGAUUCAUCAUGAGAGCUCUUGUGCUUCUUUUCUUGGUCUUUUCUGUUGAGAGUGCACCAGCUGAAGAGAAAUGCCCGUAUGGAUGGACACCUUUUAGUGUGCAUUGCUACAAAUUCUUCCCUCAGUCAGUUAACUGGAUCACAGCUGAGAAAAACUGUCAAUCCAUUGAUGCAAAUCUUGCAUCAGUGCGCAGUACAGUGCAAAACAACUUUCUCCUCAGUCUGAUUGUGCCUGCUAACACACGUGCUUGGAUUGGUGGCCAUGAUGGUGAAAUGGAUGGACAAUGGCUGUGGUCUGAUGGAUCUCAAUUUGAUCUUACCAACUUUUGCACUGGAGAACCUAACAAUUAUGGUGGUCCUGAGAGCUGCCUGGAGAUAAACUUUCCCACUAACCAUUGCUGGAAUGAUGAGUCCUGUACAACAACCACAAUGGGUUACAUUUGUGCCAAACCUCUGAAAUCAUGAAAAAUCUAUCUGUAUAAAAAGUACUAUGAUUGUACUGCAUGCCUAUACAUUUUUUUCUGAUCUUAUCUUUAAAAUCUUUAAAAUAUCUCUGAAAUUGUCUUUAUAAAUUACUGAACCUUUCUGAAAUCUUCUCAAAUCAAUAAAAGCAUUUAUAAAGCAAA